AUGGCAGGAGUUGCAACGUACAUGGGUACGUUGUUAUACCGCCUUCAGGUUGUGUCGUCAUAUUGUCUUGUGUUUCAUUACUUUGCAACGUAUACUGGAAUUUCACGGCGCUAUGGCAGGAGUUGCAACGUACAUGGGUACGUUGUUAUACCGCCUUCAGGUUGUGUCGUCAUAUUGUCUUGUGUUUCAUUACUUUGCAACGUAUACUGGAAUUUCACGGCGUAUGUCGACUUCGCGUGGAGCUUGGCUGCAAUGAGUGGAGGGCGGCUGAAGCUGGUCGAUGAUGGUCGAAAGGUGUUGGUUAGCGAUUGUAGGAGUGGGAGAGAAUCCCCCCCCCCCCUCUCCCCCUGCAGCCUCUCUUCUCUUCGUGCAGCACCCAACUGGGUCUGCCUCACAGCCUUCUUCUGCGAAGCCUGGUUCACCUUCGUCUGGCUUCUCUACCUCAACGCCAAGUGGAAUCCGGUGAUCUACAAAGCAUAUCCCCAUCGCCUACUCAGCCAAUUUGGUUUGAAUGAACUUCCAGCCGUUGACUUAUUUGUUACGACGGCGGACCCUGAUUUGGAGCCACCAAUCAUCACGGUGAACACAGUAUUGUCGUUGUUGGCUGCCGACUAUCCGGCAAACCGUCUAGCCUGUUAUAUAUCUGACGACGGUGGUUCGCCGAUCACAUACUACUCUCUCACUGAGGCUUCGAAGUUUGCCAGUCGUUGGAUUCCGUUCUGUAGGAAAUAUGAUGUCAAAAUUCGUGCUCCAUUCAUGUAUUUCUCUGAAGACCCUAACCAAUCAUCGCUUGGUCUAUCUUUGGAUUUCCUAAGAGAUUGGAAGGCCAUCAAGAAUGAUUAUGAGGAGCUCAAGCAAAGGAUAGAAAAUGUGGGGAAAAGCCAUUUGCCACCUCAUAGAGGAGAUGAUUAUGUUGAGUUCUCUAACAUUGAGAGAGGAAACCAUCAAAGCAUUGUGAAGAUAUUAUGGGAGAACAAAGAUGAGAUAGAUGGUAUCUCACAUUUGAUAUAUGUAUCUAGAGAAAAGAGGCCAAAACAUCUACAUCAUUUCAAAGCUGGAGCCAUGAAUGUUUUGACGAGAGUCUCAGCGUUGAUGACAAAUGCUCCAUUUAUUCUAAAUGUGGACUGCGAUAUGUUCGCUAAUAAUCACCAAGUGAUUCUCCAUGGAAUGUGUCUUCUGCUCGGAUUAGAUGAAGAGGCCUCUUGUGGUUAUGUUCAAAUUCCUCAAAGAUUUUAUGGAGCUCUUAAAGAUGAUCCCUUCGGAAACAAGCUGGAGGUCUUACAGAAGUUUGUAGGAGAAGGGAUUGCAGGGAUUCAGGGUCCUUUAAAUGGAGGAACUGGAUCCUUUCACAGGCGAAAAAUUAUUUACGGUUGUUCACCCUCCCAACUUGAAGGCCAGGAAAAAACUACACAUGAAUCGUUCCCUUGCAAAGAGUUAAAAAGAGUAUUUGGAAACUCCGAAGAGCUUAUACAGUCUACAAAUGUGAUAAUUAUGCGAGAAGCCAAGCCAGGAUUGUCUUUCAACACUGAACUUUCAAGCAAAAUAGAAAUAGCCAAGCAAGUAGCUGCAUCCACCUACGAGCAAAACACAAGCUGGGGUAAAGAGAUAGGAUGGAUGUAUGGGUCCAUGACUGAAGACAUUUUAACUGGGAUUCGAAUUCAUUCCUUGGGCUGGAAGUCUGCCAACUGUAAUCCUAACCCAGCAGGCUUUCUUGGACUUUCACCUUCAGGCGGCCCAGAAAGCCUUACUCAAUUCAAAAGAUGGUCUACGGGCCUCCUAGAAAUUCUGUUCGAUAGAAACGGCCCAUUAACGGCCACGUUUACCAAGCAACUCCAGUUCCGCCAGUGCCUUGCAUAUUUACUUCUCAAUACUUAG